GCGUAGUCUAUUUAUCCAACUUUGGUGAAAAUAAAGCUUAAUUUAUACUGGUGACACAAAUGGCACCCUAUAAAAAAUGGCACGCUUAUAUUCAUCAAGGUGUCACCGUUAGGCAGCUGAAAUCUAAAUCUGCUUAUGCUGCUCAAAUCAAUGAACAAUUAUCAAACAUGAGGUGUAGUAUCAUCGAACCUUCGAGGCGUACGACAACUUGAGUCUUGGUAAUCGCUUGGAGUUGUCGUCGGUGUCGUUCGCUCUCCUCUCUCGCUCGACAAAGUUGCUCCUCGUACGACGUUACGGUUCUUUCCAAGAGGCCGAAGAUUUCGUCGGCGGCCGCAAUGAGUCGAUCCCUUAUCAACUCCUUUAACAUGGUGAUGUUGUAGAAAGCUGAACGACCACGGAAAGAUGAAAAAACUGAACCGCGUACGGUAUCUAUAUCAAAUUCUUCUUCGUUUUUCUUCUUCUUCUUCUUCGAUUUUCUUCUUCUUCUUCGUUUCUUCUUCUCAGUAUUUCCGGUAGAUUCGACGCCGGGCGGGGUGUUGCGACAGUAUGCUUGUCAAGCACUCGUUCGCGUCAGCCGGUUAGCGUCUGAUGUCAAAUAUGAAGGACUUUGGAAUUUAUAAAUAUAACUUUGAGAUAAUUAGGACAUAGCCUGGGCACAGUUAUUCUACUGACGCCGACGACUGUUAAACGUCGUGGGGACUCGUGAAUGAAGCGGGAUGGAGUGCCUCGAAAGCUGGAGCCAAUUCAUCCAUUCUACAGACUAAUCAGUUCACUCGAAUGAAACAAAGACAAAGAGAACGAUCUUCAUGAUGGGCAGGUUCAGUUUUUCUUGCCUCUUCCCAGCAUCUUGGCAUUUCAGCAUGACAUCCCAGAUACUUCAACGCCUCUUGCUACCAUCAUUUAGGCAGCUGAUCUUCAUUGGGCUGCUCUUCCUUCUACUGGGAGCAUUUUACCUGGUUCUUGUGGUUGGAAAGUUGCCUACCAGCUGGAUAAAAAAGGAAAACCACUUCCAUAGGCACUUGGCUCGGGUUACUGACGUGGAUUCGACAGACGCCACCAAUCCAGACCUGAACUAUGGACUGGUGGUGGAUUGUGGCAGCAGCGGUUCUAGGGUAUACGUGUAUUGCUGGCCAAGGCACAACGGCGAUCCCCAUGAGCUCCUGAACAUUCGCCAAAUGAGGGAUCAAAAUCGGAAGUCUGUGGUCAUGAAAAUUAAGCCAGGAAUUUCCAAGUUGGCUCAAACACCAGAGAAAGCCAGCGACUACAUCUAUCCACUGCUGAGCUUUGCAGCUGAACACAUUCCCAAAAACAAACACAUUGAGACACCUCUUUAUAUCCUGUGCACAGCUGGAAUGAGAAUUCUGCCUCAAAGUCAACAAGAGGCGAUUUUAGAAGAUCUGCGAACUGACAUCCCUGUGCACUUCAACUUCCUGUUCUCAGAUUCCCACGUCGAAGUCAUUUCUGGAAAGCAAGAAGGGGUCUACGCGUGGAUCGGAAUCAACUUUGUUCUUGGAAAAUUUAAUCAUGCUCACAAUGAUGGAGAAGCUGUUGUUGAGGUCAACGUACCGGGUGGUGAUCAACAGGAGGCGCUGGUGAGAAAAAGGACAGCUGGUGUUUUGGACAUGGGCGGAGUUUCCACACAGAUAGCAUUUGAAGUGCCCAAAACUGUAAGCUUUACAUCUCCACAACAGGAGGAAGUGGCAAAGAAUUUACUUGCAGAAUUUAAUCUGGGAUGUGAUGCCCAUCGCACAGAUCAUGUGUACCGUGUGUAUGUCGCCACCUUCCUGGGUUAUGGAGGAAAUGCAGCACGCCAAAGUUAUGAGGAAAGCAUCAUCAAACUCACUGCUACUCGAAAUAAGUUGUUUGGUCAGCAUAUUGGCGAAAUGGCAGAGUCACCCCUCCUGGACCCUUGUCUCCCCAAAGAUCUGCUGGAUCAGAUCGGUGCCCCCGAACAGAAGCUCCAUGUGCUCGGCACAGGUGACUUCGAUCAGUGUCGACGUGUGCUUCAACCUUUCCUCAACCGCACCAAUGAGACUCAAACCUCUCUGAGCGGCAUCUUCCAGCCGGCCAUCGAUUAUAACAACAGCCAGUUUUAUGGCUUUUCGGAGUUCUACUACUGCACAGAGGACGUUCUGCGCAUGGGCGGAGACUAUAACGCUUCCAAAUAUGCUCAGGCCGCCAAGGGUUACUGUGCCACCCAGUGGAAGACUUUGAGGGAACGCUUUGAUUCGGGUUUGUACGCGUCCCAUGCUGAUCUCCACAGACUCCAGUAUCAGUGCUUUAAAUCUGCAUGGAUGUAUGAAGUCUUACACACUGGCUUCUCUUUUCCCUCUGACUACAAAAACCUGAAAACUGCAUUUUUGGUAUACGAUAAGGAAGUCCAGUGGACCCUGGGAGCAAUACUCUUCCGAACACGCUUUCUACCUUUGAGGGACAUACAGCAAGAAAGUCUCAAAGGAGUGCACGCUCACUGGAGACACAGCUUCUCAUUUGUCAACAAUCACUACUUAUUGCUAGUGUGUUUCUUCAUCGUCGUCCUGUCUAUAAUUUUAUACGUGUUGCGACUUCGACGAAUCCACCGCCGCGCAGCCCAGCGAUGCUCCCCUUCUUCUGUGCCUUGGCUGGAGGAAGGUUUGGGCUCACCAACACUCCCGAUAAACCUCUAAUGUCUCGUUCAAGAGCUUCGCCAUAUUGAGUAGAAGGCAUCUUGGAGAGGAAGUUUUCCUGCAAAGUCUCACUGAGCCACACAACUGUACAAAUCUGCCAGAUUAUAUGGUCUUUUUUUAUCACCCAAUAGAAAAGACAAAACUAUGAUUUUUUUUUUUCUUUUUUUAUGUGGGCAUUCAUAUCGCUCUGCCUCUAAGGAAUGUUUUUUUUUUUUUUUUUUUUUUUUUUUUUAAAUUAUUAUUAUUUAAUACUUUAAGCACUUCACAUAAUCCAUCUUUAAGUGUCUGGUGCACUGGAACGCAGGUGAAAAUUUUUAAUACUGCUAGUGCUUAUACUGUUUGUGUUUUCAAAAAUGUUGAUGCUAUACUUGUGCAAUACAUGUCUUGUCACUGCUCUGACCUAUUCAAAAUACUCCUAUGUAAUAGGCCUGUUUUUCUUUUGUCUCAUAUACUUUAAUAUUGAGCAUUGGGCAUCUGGUGCGGCUAUUGAGUCCAUGCUUCAUUUUCAGAAGCAGCCAUAUAAGAUGUGACGAUCGGUAA